CGCCCCGCUGCUCCGACCUGCUGCUGCUGCCGCCGCCGCCGCCGCCUGCGCACGGCUGGGCGCGGGGCGUUACGCGGACGUACAGUGUUCUGCUGCCGUUUCACCCAGAAGAGCCAAGGCAGCGAAGUUGCGUCCUCAUUAUUAAUCAUGUUCUUGGUGAAGUUUCCUCAAAAGGAAACAUUAGCUUGCUGUCUGCGGCGCUGAAAUAAUGUAGUGGAAAUGAUAGCCGAGCCCAACCCAAACAGCAAUCUUCCCAAUCAAAAAGAGAAUGCUGUCCAUGAUGAGACUGUGCCUCAGUCUGCUGUGCAGAAUGGCAGCUGUUUGAGAAAUGGCAACCUGAAAACACCAAGAGAGAAACGAAGGGUCCGAGAACAGUGUGAAAAUAUAAGGAGAAAUUCCUCCAAUAGCAGAAGAGUGAGCCGUCUGCGGAAUGGAGAAGUGGUUGAGGCAGUUACAUUGUUUGAAGUGGUUAGCAUGGGGAAACGCGCCAUGCAGUCUGUAGUAGAUGACUGGGUUGAAGCUUAUAAACAAGACCGGAAUGUGGCACUUCUAGAUCUGAUCAACUUCUUUAUUCAGUGCUCAGGCUGUCAAGGCAUGGUAACAGCAGAGAUGUUUCAAAACUUACACAAGAAGGAUGUCAUGAGAAGAAUGACAGAGACUUUUGAUGAGGAAACUGGGUUGCAGUACAAGAAAUUCAUGGCUUAUCCUUGGAUUUUGACAGUUACUUGGCCAGUGGACAUGGACAAUGAAGACUACCCACUCAUCAGAACAGGACCCUACUGGAAAAAGUUCAAAGCCAAUUUCUGUGAAUUCAUUGCAGUGCUUGUCCAGCAGUGCCAGUGCAGCAUCCUGUAUGAUAGCUACUUGAUGGAUACCAUCAUCUCGCUGCUUACAGGCUUAGCAGACUCCAUGGUCAGAGCAUUUAGGCACACAAGCACUUUGGCAGCAAUGAAGCUUCUGACAGCAGUUGUAAGCGUACAUCUGAACCUUGAUGUCAACAAGCAUAACGCUCAAAGAUUAUAUGAGGUGGAGAAGAACAGGAUAAGUGGCAAAAGGACCAGUUACAGACUUGACCAACUGCAGAGAAGAAGAAAAGAGGUUAGGCAGUAUGAGCAGAAGCUUCUGGAGAUACAGAACAUGAUGAAUGCUAUUUUCAAAGGGACAUUUCUAAACCGUUACCGUGAUGUGAUCCCUGAGAUCCGGGCUACUUGCAUUGAAGAAAUUGGCAGCUGGAUGAAAACAUACCCAGAUGCCUUUUUAAAUGAUAGUUACUUAAAAUAUAUUGGCUGGAUGCUGUAUGAUAAGCAAGCUGAAGUACGGUUGAAGUGUCUUCUGGGACUACAGGGAAUUUAUAGCAGAAAAGAACUUGUUUCCAGGAUGGAUCUCUUUACUAGCAGAUUCAAGGAUCGAAUUGUGUCCAUGCCUCUGGACAAGGACCAUGAAGUAGCAGUUCAAGCCAUGAAACUCUUGAUGCUUGUGUCACAAAACUGUGAGGAUGUGUUAUCAGCUGAAGACUGUGAAACCUUAUACCAGUUUGUUUAUACCACACACCGUCCGCUUGCAGUAGCAGCUGGGGAAUUCCUUUAUAAAAGGCUGCUUAGUCAUGAGGGAAAUGAAGCUCUGCUCAGAAGAGAAGAGAAGUUUGGGGCGAGUGCUGACCAGUUGAAAACAUUAAUACGUUUUUUUCUGGAGAGCGAGCUACACAAACAUGUCGCAUACCUCGUAGAUAGCUUGUGGGACUGGGCAGGCAAAUUCCUGAAGGACUGGGAGUGCAUGACUACUCUUCUAUUAAAAAAUACGGAAGAAGAUGGAGAAGCAUUGAGUGAUGCCCAUGAAAGUGCUCUCAUUGAAAUUAUCCUUGCAACUGUUAGAGAAGCAGCUGAAGGUCAUCCUCCAGUGGGCAGAGGUGCAGCCAAAAAAAUUCUGUCAGUAAAAGAAAAGAAAGUACAAUUGGAAGAUUGUACUAAAAUUACUGAACACUUUAUUAUGGUGCUUCCUCAGCUAUUGGCAAAGUAUUCAGCAGAUGCAGAAAAAGUGACAAAUCUUCUGCAGAUUCCUCAGUAUUAUGAUUUAGAUGUUUACAGUACAGGUCAUCUAGAGAAGCAUUUGGAUGCUUUGCUAAGAGAGGUAAAAGACAUUGUGGCCAAACACUCUGAUAUGUCUGUCCUUGAGGCCUCCUCCAGGACUUAUUACAUUCUCUGCAGUGAAGAAAUUGCUAUCUACAGCCAAGUGGAUUGUGCCCGAACUCAACUGAUAGAUGAGUUGGUGGAGCACCUUAACCAGCUACUAAACAGCUUCUGGCAAAAGGAAGAAGGUUUUGGUGUGGAUGCAGGAGAAAUUUCCUGGAUACACUCUGCUUUGAGAAGAAUAGCGGCUUUUCAUAAUGCCCAUGAUCUCACCAGGUGGAAUCUAUAUGACAAGAUUUUAAGGUUGCUGGUGUUUGAAAUGGAACAAGGGGGUUUGUCUGUUCAGAUGAUCCUGCCAGCUCUCCAGUGCACAUACUUUUCUCUCCUGUGGCAACUAGCUGCAGUUGUGGAAAAUUCUCCCAAGGAGACUCUUCUGGCAUUAAGAAGAGAGCUGAGGCGUUUCUGUCAGAUUUGCAUGUCCUUUCUCCACCAUAAGGAAAAAGAUGUAAGAGAAAAGGCCUUCAUGAUACUCUGUGACUGGUUGCUGAUUUUGAGUCACCGAGAAUCAAAUAAUAAUGAAGCAGCAGGACUUCUAGAUUAUCUUCCCAGUACAUCGCUUCAGGAAAAACUGCUUUUGUUUAUCCAGGAACAUGUUUUCAUGGAGGAGGAAGAGGAAAGCAAAGACCUGACAGAAGAGGAGGAGAGAAAGGAUGAAAACUGCAAACUAAAUGACUUGCACAAAAAGCGGAGUCUUCUUGCAGCAUAUUGCAAGCUGAUAGUGUAUAAUGUGGUGGAGAUGACUGCAGCUGCUGAGAUAUAUAAGCAUUAUAUGAAGACCUACAAUGAUUUUGGAGAUAUAAUUAGAGAAACACUAAGCAGGACGAGGCAUAAUAACAAAAUUCAGAGUGCCAAGACACUGAUUCUCUGUCUGCAGCAGCUGUUUCAGACACAUGUAGAAAGCCAUGACAACAGCAGUGGUAUGGACUUGUCCUCUGCUUCCUUCACAAAUAUGAAAGAACUUGCUCGUCGUUUUUCACUAACAUUUGGCUGGGACCAGGUGAAAUGUAGAGAAUCUGUAGCCAUGAUACACAAGGAAGGAAUUGAAUUUGCCUUUCAAGGAGCUACUGGAAUGGAUGGAAAAUGCCUGCCUCCUAAAUUAAGCUUUCUGUUAAUCAUCAGUGAAUUUUCCAACAAGCUGCUAAAGCCUGACAAAAAGCUAGUGUACACUUACUUACAGAGGUAUGUAGCAGAACCACUGUCUUGCAGAGGAGACGAAUGGCAGCCUUUGGUUUGGUACAGGAACUCUUUAUUGGCAAAUGAAGAUGAGGAGAGCUCUGUCCUCAGCAGUUUAGGAGAGUGGUCCCCCGUGGGCACAUCUAAGACAUCUUCUUUUAAAAGGAAAUUGUCUAAUGGGUCUUUGCCUGAAACCAGCCACACUGGAGCAGCAAGGAAAAAUUCAGACUUCCAGCAUGCUUCCCAGCUUGCCUCUGCAGCAGGGAAAAGCAGAAAGAAGCUGAAAUCUCGAGAGAUGCACUUGCAGGAACAUUUGCCAUUCCUUUGUCCACCAGGAUUGCAGAGAAGAUACAGCCAAGAUGAGAUCAAGACAGAAGAUGUCUCAGUAAAGGAUCAAGCAGAAGACACAAGUGAAGAUGUUGAUAUUGAUGUGGUUGGUGCGGACCAGGACAGCUGAGAAGAAGGCGACAGGAGAAAUGGAAGUUAAGAACGUGGUAUCGCUUCUUUCUGGAAACUGUUUAACUGAAAACUUGGUUGUGACAGCAUCAACCAAGGGAGUGAGACAGUUCUCUUUUGGUAUCUAAAGCCUAGCCAGCAAGUAGCAGAUAGAUAUUAAGUCAAAUUGCCCUGUGUGGGCACCCACCCAGAACUAGUUAUUAGCACUGUGGUUGACUUCUCCACAUUGCUGUUCAUUGGUUUGACUGGUGGUGUGCUUCCAAGGUUGUGGAAGUUCUGGACAUAUUACUAACUAAACUGUGUCAUCCUAGUGCUCUGUACUGUCUUGGAAAAAGGCCUGAACUAAGAACUGGAAGCAGGGUAGUUCAGAAAUCCUAGCUCAAAGAGUCUGUAAACUAGAUGAGAGAGACUUGCUCCUAUCAGACCUGGGCCACUGUUCUGCUGGAUGCACUCUUUGCCAUUUGAGAUAACCAAGGUGCAUAUGUACUUCUUUGUACCUGGUCAUGGGGAAGGAAAGGGCCUUGCCUAGAUGUGACCACUGGGUGACCACAUCACUUGCUGGGUGAUGUGAAUUGACUCAGCUGUACUGUUUCCUGCUUGUUAAAUGGAAAAGCUGGAUCAAAUCUUAAAAUAUUUCUGAUCCUUGAUGCUUAUAGAGUUGUAGUUCUAUACUGGGAAUCAGGGUAUACUCCAGGGAAACUUGCAUUGUGACUUGUAGUUAAAAAAAAUGAAAAAAAGAAAAGACCAGCUAGGUAUUUUUCUCUGGCAGAAAUCCUUCACAAAGUGAUAAUGCAUUGGAAAACAAAGCUUGAAAAUAUUAUGUAAAUAGAUUGUAAAAAAAAAAAAAAAAAAAAAAAAAAAAAAAAAGCGAGAGAGAGAGAGUCAGUAGGCUGGUCAGAUUCUGGCUGCUUUUACUGACUGCUGACCCUUUGUUACUGCUAACUAGAAUUGUAUGCUGCAUUAAUUCUAGCAUCAGUUUUAUUUUUUUAUUCUGUUUUGGAUUGUAACUGUACAAAAUAAACCACAUACAUAACCA